CGUAUACCUUCUCAGCGGCGUCUGGGGAAACCUGGUUUCAUCUCUAGUGUUGGUCAAACCGGUCGAGUUCGAUGCCAAUACCAACAUUCCAAACUUUAAAAAUCUGUCGAGUUUGUGUGGACCUAAUUUUUGUCAUUCCGAAGACACCAGCGGCACCUACAUACGGCAACCAGACCAGAUCACAGUGUAUAUAAUAUUGGGAUCCUUCAUUGGGAUGUCGACGUUCGCGUUUAUUGCAACAUGGGCGUUCUUAGAAAAUGUUGCGGCUAAGAGUGGAGACGCUGUCCAAAGCGUUAAGGAAUUUGGUGCCAAGAUCGUUGGUCUGCUGUGGUACAAGAAGAUGCUCCUUCUUCUACCUGCUAUCUUCAUGGACAGCGUCAGCCACUAUUUUAUAAGCACAGAGUUCACCAAGGCUUUUGUCAGCUGCCAACUGGGCAUAGAAUACAAUGGUUGGUCCAUCAUCUGUUUUGCCACAGGAGACGUUCUUGGUUCUAUGGUCAAUGGCCGACUGGUGAAAUACGUCGGCAUGGGGUUCCUUUUCUUUGUAGCUUCUGCUACAGAUUUUGCCUGCCUAUUCAGUAUGCUGUUUUUUCACUUUUCGAGGGAAACGGUGGAGUUUUUCUUUCUGGUGCCAUUUUUCUGGGGUCUUGCAGAUUCUGUAUGGGCCGUGCAGACGACAGGUGCGUUUCCUUAAACACGUACCGCCAACUGCACAUUUAAACAAAAUAUACAGUUUUAAUAACCACCAAGACCCUCUUAAGUCAUCUAGCACAAACACCCCCACACACACA